UUCAUUGUUGUUACAGUGCUGUUUAAGUGAGGAUAGGCAGUUGUUGUUUGGCAGUUGUAUGUGCUAAGACGAUGCCGGGAGGUUCGGUGAAUGGUCGACCGUUCAGGGAAGGUCCCGACUCGUACAGCAGGACAGGAAUACCAUGUGGUAACCCCAAACGUUUCCAGAGCAGAGAAGUGAUCAAGAUGGGAGUACAGAAUCAAAAUGCUCUAUCCAGGUCCCUGAUAGGACCCAUAGAGGACAUUGAAACAGAAAGUGAUCGUCAACUUCAAAAUCUUCUCCAGAAACAACUCCACACUGAUAUUACUAUACAGGAACAAUUUAAUCAGCACAAGAAGUUUUCGGAUGGAGUGUCACACUUUUCGUCAACUGACAGUCUAUCAGGAACUGUCUCCUUGCAGGAAUAUAAGGGCCUUUCUCAGCUGGAUGGCUAUUUGGUAGAGCUGAAACAAUGUGGUCUUACAGAGGAAGAGAUUGAACUCAAACUAGAGGAUAUGGGGCACUCUAAAAGUAAAAAGUUGCGUUUGAAUCUUGAGCCUGGGGUUCGAGAAAGCAAACUUUUAGCAAUUGGGAAGAAAAUAGCUGCCAAAAAGAAGCAACUUGAAGAGGCUGAUCAUUUUGCUGGUGCUAAGAAGAUGGGUCGGCACGAGAUGGAUCUUGAGAAAGCCAUAUCGCACAACAGUGACAGAGCCAAACUUCUCAGCUGUCUUCUAACAACAUAUAGCGACCAUCAUGCUGCAGCAAACUCAGAUGACCCCAUGGACCACUUACCUGAAAUCCUAGAAGCAGUGACCAAACGAGGCCAAACUAAAGCUUCAAGAAGGAAGAGAAGACAUGACCUGAAGGACAAAACUAUAUAUGAUGAAGGUGACGCAUAUAUGACAGAUCCCAGUGGUAUAUCUAAUGAAAGAGACAGAUCAUCUUCACAGGAGGAUAUGUCUCCUGGAUGUUCUACAAACUGUAGUGACAUGCACAUAAUCUGUGAGAGCAAGGAAACAACAGAGAACAGUGCAGACAAUGUUGUCAAUGACAACAAUGAACAAAGCUCUAACCUGAAAUCUUUGAGCGGCAAAAUAGAUUCAAUUCCUGAGGAAGAAAUUAUCAAGGAGCGCCUGACCAUAGAAGACAUUCAGCAGCUUACUAGGUUUAAGGACUAUACACCUGGACAUCCCACACAGGUGUUGUACUUAAAGAAUUUACCUGGGAAAGUAUGUGAAGAAGAUUUGAUCCGAUUAUUCAUCCGUUUUCAAAAAGUUGAUGGCCCUAAGAUCAUCUUCAAGUUAAUGAAAGGCCGAAUGAAAGGGCAAGCAUUCAUUACUUUUGACAGUAUAACCAGUGCCACGGAGGCUCUUCAGCUAGCCAACGGUUAUAACUUGAAAGGCAAACCAGUGAUAAUACAAUAUGGCAAAAAAAUUUCCUAACGCAGCAUGAAAAAAAAAAUAAAUAAAGG